AUGGAGUACUCCGCUGAUCAAGAACGAGGGAUGCAAGAGCAUCACCACCAAGGUCACCGGAGGAGCGCCGGAGCUGGAGCACCUAACGGUUCUCCCUCCUCCGCGACGUGCAAUCCGAUCAGGAGCGCUUGCGGCACGCUCCGAUCCCUGACGCCGUCCUGCUUCAGCCGCGGCCCGCCGCUUCCGCCGUCGCCGCCGGCGAGGGUGCACCAAGUCUGGCCUGGGAGAAAUGUGUUUUUCUUGGAUGGCCGCGUGAUCUGCUGCCCCGACCCGCGGGGCCUGAUCCUGUCAGCCAUGGCGCUUCUCCUUUCAGAAUGGAUUUUCUUGGCCCGCGUCAUCGAUUCGUCGUCGGCGCACCGGAUCCUCAUCCCUGCGUCCUCCCUGAUCCUAUUGGCAGCCGCGACUGCUAGUUUGCUACUGGCUGCGACAAGCGAUCCCGGAAUCAUACCAAGAAACCAGGCAUCACCGUCGUCUGAAGAAGAUGGGACAAGCGCUGCCAGGUUCGUCGUCGUCAACGGUGUCGAGGUCAGGCUGAAGUUCUGCAAGACCUGCAAGAUCCACCGCCCGCCAAGAAGCUCCCACUGCGCCGUCUGCGACAACUGCGUCGACAAGUUUGAUCACCACUGCCCCUGGAUAAGCCAGUGCAUAGGACUGAGAAACUACAGGUUCUACAUGCUGUUGCUGUGCUCGGCGUUGGCGUUCUACACGUUCAUGUUCGCGUUCACAACAAGCCAUGAGAUGGAAAAAGGAAGGUAUCACAGCUCGCCCAAUCCUUACGACAAGGGAGCGCUGGCGAACAUCAGGGAGAGCCUGUUGGAGAAGCUGCCGCCUCCUAGAGUUGAUUUCAGAGCCGCGGCCGAGCCAACCUGGGGUCCGGCCGGCGGCGAGAGCGAGGGCGACCUCCCCACUCCUUCAGAUGACGCCGGCGGGCAAGCAAUGCGGGAUGCAAGGUGCUAA